AUGAUGGAACGCCCUCAGUACUUUGAGAACACCUUGGCUCUGCCAUCAAUUGAUGCAACCACUCUUUCCGAGAGCCUUCGAGACCUUCGUGUUGCAGUUCAGAACGGUGCUCAACUGGUCCAGGAAAACACUUCCCUCCCGGAAGAAUGGGGUCAUCGUGGCUUGUUCGGGUUCUUUCCGGGCAUCGCUCUGGCAUUUUUACGCCUAGACUAUCAGUCAUCGGUGCUUGAGGACGCCCAUAUGGCUCUGCCAGACUAUCGUCACUUCGCACUUCAGCGGAUUCCAGAAAAGUCCCCUAAUUUACCACUACUAGCAUCUCGACUGUCUCCCCUCGGUUCUUCAACUCCUAUCACUGCUGUUACUUUGCGCAUUCUAUCCAGUCUGGCCAAAAAUGAUUGGCAAGAUAAUGCUGGGGUCACUAUCUCAAAGGAAGACACCACUUGCCUUGGCGAUGCCGUGCAAUUGGCACUGAAUAACAAGCCUCUGAUUCUUGAUGAUGGUCGCAAAAUGGGUGGUGAUGAGAUGCUUUAUGGGCGAGCCGGACUGCUUUGGGUCCUUUUGAAUGUGCGCGCUCACCAGUUCGACCAAGAUACUCAGAGGGCCCUAUCGCCUGCGCUGGGGACUGUCCCCAACCUGAUUCGGGCGAUUAUCGAUUCCGGGAAACAAGGUUCCAAAGAGUAUAUCGAAAAACAUGGGGAAAAAGGUGCACAUCCAUUGAUGUACGCAUGGAUGGAAGGACAUUAUUGCUUUGGAGCUGUUCAUGGAAUUACCGGCAUUCUGACUAUCUUGCUUUCGUGCAAGCCCGAAGAGUUGACAGACUACAUCCCCGUGAUUGGCGAUACCAUCACCGCACUUUGCCAGCUUUCUGUCUCUAAAAAUGGCCAUCUCCCGACAACAUCCACCUCAUUCAGCUUUGGGCAGCCUUCUGAGCUAGUUCAACUGUGCCAUGGAGUCCCUGGGUUGCUCAUUCUCCUUGGUACUGCCUUGAAAAACGAAGACUUGAACCUUACCUGCUGGGAUCCAUCCUGGGACCAAGCAAUCUACUUGGGCACCGAACGUAUCUGGGAAGAGGGCCUUCUCUCCAAGGGAGGCAGCCUAUGCCAUGGUAUUGCAGGGAACGCAUGGGCCUGGCUCCUACUCCAUGAUUCCUUCGAGUACCACUCUAACAUUAAGAAAGAUGCCCAAGAAGCGUAUCUUCAACGCAGUGAGAUCUCAGCUCUGCCGGAUGCAGAGAUAAGCCAUAAGCUCACUGGGGACUUUUUCCUGUCGAGGGCACUGGCUUUCAUGCUGCAUGCUCGUGAGACAAAGCCAUACAACAUGUCACCUGCAUCUUCCAUCAACGACUACCGUUUGCCUGAUCUGCCUUAUGCUCUAUUCGAAGGUCUUGCGGGCACUGUUUGUGCGUGGGCUGAUACUUGUGCCGUAAUUCAGGCCAGGCUACGCAAGAUGGAUCUAGUUGAGGAAGGCGUGUGUGCUAGAUUCGGACUGCCACGUGACCCUGUUUUUCAGGAGGCUUUUUCGAAACAAAUUGGCUUCCCAGGUUUGGGUGGAGUUAGAGCAACUGGUCUCUACUAA